AUGAAGAACAUAAUUGUGAACCAUAUCGAGCGAGUCGUGUUACUUGUGCUGCUUCUGACACCCUACAGUAUUCGUACGGCCGAAGAAGAGCGCCGUCUUGUUUGUUACUUCACAAACUGGUCACCGAACAGGGCGGGUGAAUAUUCUUACAAUAUCAGUAACAUACCAGUAGAAUUAUGUACGCAUGUGACCUAUAGCUUCGCCGCCGUUGAUGAGAACACUUUCGAAAUCAAACCUACGAACGCAAAGUUUGACAUUCUGCAGGAUGGGUUUAAGAAGUUUUCCGAACUAAAGAAAUCGAAUCCAGGCUUGAAGCUGUCAUUGGCCGUCGGGGGCUGGGCACAUGGUGGUGAACCUUUCCAUAAGAUGGUAUCGUCGUUGGACGGAAGACAAACGUUUAUCUUUAGCGCGGUGCAGUUUAUGCAAAGGCAUGAUUUCGAUGGAAUCGAAAUAGUAUGGUUGUGGCCGGGAAGUCCAGAGCGCGGUGGCACGGAUGACGAUAAGGAUAAUUUCUACCAUCUGAUCGAUGAGAUGAAACGAAGUUUCAGCGAAGUCGGUCGCGGUUCGUGGGAACUUUCGAUACAAGUGCCUCUGGAUCGGUACAGAAUUGGUUUGGGUUAUCACCAGCGACGCCUGUGCCAAGUGGCUGACUAUAUACACAUCGCUGGAUACGAUCUACGAGGGUCUUGGAAUGGGUUCACCGACGUACAUAGUCCCCUAAACAACCGUAUACAUGAUACGGACGGUUUGAAGGAUCUUACCGUUAAAGCAGGGGUACAGCAUUGGAUCAACAAUGGUUGCCCUGCGAGCAAGAUCGUACUUGGAGUUGGAAUGUUUGGUAGGACGCACACUUUGCAGGAUAGCAGUGUUCACGGACUAGCAGCUCCCACAAUCGGACCAGGCGCAGCAGGGCCCUACACGCGCGAAAGAGGUUAUAGAGGAUACUUUGAAAUAUGCUCCGAAUUCAACGAGUCACAAUGGACGGUCGAAUGGGACAUACAAGGUAUGUGUCCAUAUGCUUAUCUAGCAGACCAAUGGGUCGGUUUCGAGAAUGUAUACUCGUUAGAGGAAAAAGCUAUAUAUGCGGAUGUUCAAAAGCUAGCAGGCAUAUACGCUUUUUCGCUUGAUCUAGACGACUAUAGAGGCGAUUGUGCGGUUACAUAUCCUUUGAUGAAAGCGCUUUGGAAAGCAUACAAGCCGAUAAAAAAAGUACCCGUUGAUGAGUUUACAUUUGCCAUUUUUCGCGGGCGCAAUUCUUAA